AUGGGAUGGUUUGGUGGAUGUCAGCGUGGUAUCCUUGUGGAAGAGCACAGCUUCAACCAAGAAUGCUCUGUAUGCCGCGAAGAGGAUGAGGGUGUCGGUCUGGAUGACAGCCAUUUGAUGCUAUUCCAGCAGGCCACUUAUACCCAGAGUAGCCUGGGUAAAAGAAGUCCCACCAAUGACGAGGGUUUAAGUUCGAGUUCAGGCGGUAAUCACAAGAGACAGAGGAUUUGA